AUGGACCCUGUACCAAAAAAGAAAAAGUCUGUCUCUUCCAAAUAAGACAAAUCCCAAGCAGGCAGUGUCAAAUCUAAGAAGUAAUAGCCUCCUGGUGAAAUUUUGGAAUAAUAAAGUAUACUACAAUUCAAAUGUUAGAUUCAUAACAUGAUCUUCAAAUUGAUGACCAUCAAUAGCAUGAUCCCUUUAUUCCUCCUCCCAUUUAAACAUAAGUCAAAGUUUGCAUUCAUCACAAUCUCCCAUUCCAGUUUUUCUGUGAAGCAUGUGAAGAUCCAAUUUGUUAACAAUGCACCAUCCUAGGCCCUCACAAUACUUAACUACAUAGAAUUAAUAGAUUAAGUGAUUCAUUCAAAUUGCGAUGUGCUAAAAUUGAAGAAUCAAUAAAAGCCAAUCUUUUAGGGAAAAGGGAAUAACUGUUAGCAUAAAUUCAUAGAGUAAAUUAACUAAUCAUUUUUUAGAUAGAAUAUAGAAUAGAAGAGAUUAAAUAUGUCAAAACCAUCAUUGAAAGAGAUGCAAGAGCUGAAUUUGGCGGAGUCUUGGAAAGAUUAAAAUAGAGUGAAGGAUAAAAGCUGGCAAUCCUGAGUCAUGAGAUAUCUGAAUUAUAAAGGUAUAUAUCUAUUGUCAUUCUUAGAGAUUUGGAUAAAAUCAAUGAAGUGGGAUCCUAAUUCUAUGAUCUCAAAGAGAUUCCUGAUCCUUGUCCAUUCCUUCUGAAAUCAAGAAACAUUUAUGAUCUGAUUGAAUAUAUGGUUGCAAAACCAUUCAAAGUGUAAAUUGAUGUUUACCCAUAUGAUUUACCAAGAGAACUUACUGAAUUAAGAUUGCAAUUACAAAGGGCCUCUGCUUAAUAAUAAUUGAUCGAAUUCAAAAAUGAAAUCAUUUGGAAAUUACUAAGUGAAAAAUAAAUUGAUGAAGAAACAAUAAAGUAAACUACAAAUCUAUAUAAAUUAAUAGACAAGAAUUGGAAAGACAAGCAAGUGAGGAAAUAAAUGAAUGGAGUAAAUUGGUUGAUAAAUUUUCAUAAGAAUUAAAGAAGUAAUAGUUGGUUUGCUAUUAUUGUGGUUGUAAAAUGGAAAAGUAAUAUGUUAAUUCAGUCUGCGCAUAAAAUAGACAAGAAUAAGAUUGUAAAAUAUAUUAUUUGACAGUUUAGAUGAUAAAGUCUUUUGUAAUGAAUAACCACCAUAAAACUAUCAUGGCACUGGUAGGCAUUAUUUUGCAGAUCCAAUUUUAUGA